GAGAGAGAGGUCGGAAAAUUUUUGUUUAGAGAAAGGGUUUCAUCUCUAACUAGAAUAUUCACAUUAAUUCUAGUUCUAGUUAGAGAGAAUAACCCAAAUUCUCAUAAUUUAUCAUUCUUUUUUGUCUCAAUUUUUUUAUUUAUUCAUUCGUGUUUUUGAUCCUAUACUAAUCAAUUUCAUCAUUUUUUUUUGGUGUUUUUGGUUCAAAACCCUAAUUAUCAAUCAAUGGUUACCACUCAAAAUAAUCACUCUCCGACGAGUGUUCCGUCACCGGCGCCGCCUUCUGCUGAAACUAACAACCCUAAUUUCAUUCGGAAAAACCUUCCUUCACCGUGGGCUCAAGUCGUACGCGGCGGCUCCGGCUGGGAUACAGAAUCACAAUCACAAUCACCCACCGGAAUUCAUCAAUCACUUCCGUCAUCAUCGUCUUCCUCCUCCUCCUCUCUCACUACGGUCGACCAACCUCCACCGUCUGAUGAUUCUCCAAAGGCUGCAGUGGUAUCUUCUUCUCCAAAGGCGGUAGUGGUAUCUUCUCCGCUUCCGGCUCCGAUGGAGAAGAAUUCGAAUACGAUAGCUUCUGAUGGUGGUGAUGGUGGCAAUGCAGGUGGUUCUAAGAAACCUGCAUGGAACAAACAACCUUUGAACGGCGUCGCUGUUGAAAUUGGUCCUGUCAUGGGUGCUGAAUCAUGGCCUGCUUUGUCUGAAUCCGCCAAAAUUCCUGGUAAAUUGCCACCCGAAUCCUCUUCUUCGAAGAUUGCUCCUCCUGCUGCUGUUGAUGGAUCACCUUCCACUUCUCAGGGGCCUAUAAUUUCACACUCCCCUCAGAGACAAGGUAGUACUAGUAACACAAAAUCUAGUUCUAUGGCAAACAAUAAUUUGCCCAAUAGACCAAGACCUAUGAGGCGCAUAAGUGGCAGUAACAUUGGGCCUUGUCCUGCUCAGAGCAGCUUAUCCAACCCUCCUACUCCUCCACCACUGCCUCCCUAUCCUGUAUAUCAGCUCCCUCCAGCAGUUAGCUACCCGAAUAUGUUGCCAAGCAUCCCUGACUCUUCUCCAAGAGAUCAUCACCGGAACAAUAACUGGGAUGCAAGACCAUUUGUAGGGGGUUCCUCUCGCAGGGGUCAUUUUGGGUCCCAUCCACGAGGAGAUGGUUCCUAUCAUCAGAAUAGUUAUAGUAGCAGGCGUGAACACGAUCGUGGAAAUUACGCGAACACUAGAGAUGCUCACGCACCCCAACCAAGGAUGCCUCCCAGAGGAAUAUUGAGGCCCCCACCACCUAGUACUGCUGCAUUUUUGGGUCCUCAAACCAUUGGACCCUUCCCAGCCCCUGUUGCUUAUCCUGACUUUUAUUACUUUCCAACAGUACCGUUGGAUCCCUUUAGGGGUAUGCCAGUCUUUCCCCACAUGCCUUCUCCUGCAACAUUCUUUCCUGCUGCAGAAUCUUCUUUGUCCAAUGUGAUAGUCAACCAGAUUGAUUAUUACUUUAGUGAUAUUAAUUUAGCGAAUGAUGAGUUUUUAAAGUCCAAUAUGGAUGAAGAGGGUUGGGUUCCAAUUACCUUGAUAGCAAACUUCCCUCGAGUUAAAAAUUUGACAAGCAACAUUCAAUUGAUACUUGAUUCGAUGAGAAAUUCAAAUGUUGUGGAUGUCCAGGGUGACAAGUUGAGGAGGCGUAAUUGGAUAGACCGGUUGACCUCUGCUCAAGUCCAGGCUGACGCUGGUUCGGUUUCACCCAUUGAAUCAAGGGACAAUAGCUUCACUGCUGAUUUUCAAACUAUUACUCUGGACAAAACAACUAAAGAUGAAGGCGAGUCUUCCCGACAAUCUCAACUCUCAAAUGGUAGUGAUGUUGCCGGUAACAUCAAUUAAAACUCUACUGGCACUAUCUAGCUUACAUGAGCUAUUGGCUUCAUCUGCUGAGAAUUUAUUUUAGUGAUAUGGUCCAUCUUUUUUAUUCUUUUCUUUGGUGGGGAAGGGAGUAGAGGCUGUAACGGUCACUCGAUUUUGACAACAAUUUUAAAUUAAGUAGUGCAAACAAAUAAGAAUUCUCAAUUAUUACGAACGGUUAGAGAUUAAAAAAAAGUUCAAUGGGAAUUUAGACAUAAGCUUGAGUUUUGACUGAGUCGGAUCUAAUGUGAUCAUUGGUUUGUAUAGGUUUAUAUUUAUUGUGGAUUUUUUCUCUUAUUUUUAGAUGGUUUGUGGUGGAAUGUGCUACACUUUUUUGGUGGAUGAAUUGAAUUUUUGAUGUUGUAUUGGAAAUUUUGUUCUCGUUGAAUGGAGUGUUGUAUGGCAUAUGAUUGAUGGUUUUUUUAUGUGUA